AUGGCAUUGACAUGGUCGAGCAUGAUGAACAUAGGUGUUGGUUCAUCCCAGAAGAUGAUGUUGUUUGAGGUAUCGUGCAGUAGUAGAAAGAGAGACAGAGAUAUUCACCCAUACAAAGUCGUUGAGAUUACUCCUCCACCCAAAUCUCUUGGUGUUCGUUCUCUUCCACCCAACUUGCAGUGUGGGGAGAGUGUCACAAUUGAAGGACAGGCUUAUACUAUUUCAGCUGUAACACUACGAUAUCAGCUUCGCAAAGGAAAAUACGAACAAAGCGAGAAGAGACUCGAUGUUUUGUCAACAGGAAGAUACUUAGUAAAUUUGUAUUUAGAAAAUUUAUUAGAACAGACUUGA